UUGACUGGGGACAACAUCAGUGGGCAGAAGAGAGACUGCAAGUUGCUCCCUAAUAGAGAAAAUAACUCUGUGUAGGGGCAGCUCCUCUUAGGAGAUUUAUGUAAUUUUUGUUAUUUUUUUCCCCUGCUGAGACAUUUCUGAGGGAACAAGACGAUAAAGACAAGAGCAUUUUUACCAUUUCAUCAUUGUCGUUACAUUUGUCAGGAUGAGAUCUGCCAAAGUUUCUCUUUCCUUGCUAUUUCUUCUCUUCUUUCACUUUGAAAUGGUAAAACCAUCAGACAAAAGUGACCGACCACAUGUAGAUGAUCCGCCCCAUAUGACUGAACAGGUUGAGCAGAAAAUCCAAAUACCAAGCUUACCUAUCCCAUCUCCCACCCUACUGGCUACUACCAAAACCCCCAAGACACCUGAGAGCGAUGAGUAUCUGGAAUCAUUUACAUGUAGGAAGAGUCGUGCAUCAUGUGAUGUGGCUUUUUGCCUUCCAUGGGAGCGUUGCAUUGACGGAAAGUGCACAUGUAAACCUCCUUAUCUGUGCCCCGUUGAGAAUGUGAACCCAGUUUGUGGCCAUGACAGCAGGAACUACCGAUCCUACUGCCAGGUGAUGGCGCUCUCAUGCCGGACUAGAAAAUCCUACAUGUCCCACUUUGGGGAUAACUGUGAUGUAAAUGGUCCAAAGUUCAGAACUUCAAUAGAUGAGGUAACUGGAUUAGUCAAGCUGUUUGUUCCUGACAGCAAUGGUGGGGAGGAAUUACUGGUGUGUAAGAAGCUGUGGAACAUGGCAGCUGCUAAUGUGGCUUGCAAGGAACAGAAGAAACCACUGGGUGCAGCAUCCAAAGAUGUAGUGGAGUACCAGACCUUGGCAGCCUUCAUGCAGCUUCCACGCAGAUGUGUUAGUAUCUACUGCCAAGGUUAUGAAAUGUCCUUAGCUGAGUGUGUUAUCUACGACAAAGUGGAGGUUCACAGAGGAUUAGUUGCUACUGCAACCUGUUACCAGGAAUCAACAGCACCAACAGACUGUCCCUUCACCUGUGCAAAUGGAAAGUGUGUGACGCUGAAUCAGACAUGUAAUGGAAUUGAUGACUGUGGCGACCGAAGUGAUGAAAUGUGCUGCAAAAAGUGCAAAAAAAAUGCUUUCCGCUGUAAAACGGGAGUGUGUAUUUAUAAAGAAGCACUUGUUGAUGACCAGAUCGACUGCCUGGAUGGCGAGGAUGAAUCAAACAAAGCUAAGUCAAAGCAAAAAUCACUUUCACCGCCACUGCCCCAAAAUUCAGAGUACAUCUCUCCCAUGAAUGAAACGAAGGCCGACAGAAAAACUCUGGAGGCCAAGCUGUUCUGUGGCAUCCCAAAUGCUACCACAGUGGAUGAUGAUGAAGUGGUGCAUCGAGGAAAGAGUACCCAUGGACGAGUCAAGAGGGUAGUCGGGGGAGUACCAGCAAAGCCGACACAGAUCCAGUGGCAGGUUGCUCUGGAGGAGAACAAGAGAAUUGACUGUGGAGGAGCUUAUAUCGGAGGCUGCUGGGUCAUCACUGCUGCUCACUGUGUCAGACCCAGCCCUCGUGCCUUCAGAGUGAAGUUUUCUCUUUGGAAAAAAUCUCGAGCUCAAGACACAACUGAUAUUGUUCCUGUUGAGGACAUCCUUAUCCACCCAAAUUAUGUUGCCAACACAUAUGAAAACGACAUCGCUCUGGUGAAACUCCAGAAGCUUCCAUUCACAGAGAAAUGUCUGGUGGACAAUCCAGCAAUAAGCGCAGUCUGUGUUCCCUGGUCCACGCAACUCUUCCAGCCCAACCACACCUGCAGCAUCUCUGGGUGGGGACGAACCGCAGAGGGGAGGUCAGCUUCAGUGUUGCUCUGGGCCAACGUUUCUCUGAUCGACGAUUGCGGCAGAUUCUAUGGAAACCGCUUCAAACCAGGCAUGAUGUGUGCAGGUGAUGUGGAGGGCAGCGUUGACUCCUGUCAGGGUGACAGUGGAGGUCCUCUGGUUUGUGUGGAUGAGUUGGGAGUUUCCUACCUGUGGGGCAUCGUCAGCUGGGGUGAGAGGUGCGGACAGCCAGGAUUCCCUGGAGUUUAUACACAGGUCGCUCAUUACUUCGAGUGGAUUAGGCUUCACACAGGUUGGCCUGCAGUCACCAAAUUCAACUCAUAAUAUGGCAAACUCACAGCACAUUUCAAUAUAGUUGUGCCAUUUUAUUUUGGCUAAAACUGAAAUGAAAGAUGAUAAAAGCUGCUUUCAUUGUUUGAUGUCACUGCUUGGAUUUACUGUUUGUACUGGUAUAAUACCACCUUGUAUCCAGUAAAGCACCAAUAAAAUCUGCUUGUGAACAUACUAA